AUGGACCCGCGCCGACGUGACCCCCGUCAGAGGGGCAACGCCCCGUAUGGUGGGCAGCAGGGCUAUGGUGGUGGUGGUGGCGGAGCUGCUGCCCCUCCCAACCAGUACGGUGGCGCGCAGGGCGGCGGUUACGGCGGUGGUGGACGCGCACCAGCAGCACCGUCCUCGCAACAAUAUCCUCCUUACCAGGCUGCCAACAACGAUCCUAGCGACCCCCGUAUGCGCAACCAGGGUGGCACUGGUACCCCUCCUUACCCACCACCGUCUGAUCCCCGUCGCCGUCAAGACGACAUCCGCUCUGCUCCAUCGGACCCUCGCGCUCGAGGACGAGUCACAUCAGACUCUUACGCUUCAACACCACCUCAAAGUGGAUCUAACGACUACCGGUCGCCUGUGCCACCUCAAGUAUCCGAGGUGACUCGCACCAACGGCGCAGCCAACGACGUGGACACCUCCACUGCCAUCCGGCAACGGCCUCUGUUCUGCGUUGUUUGUGCCAGUAACAACAACCGUUCCAUGGAGGCACAUAAGGUGUUGAAUGCCGCUGGUGUGCGCGUGAUCUCGGCCGGCACUGGCUCUGCUGUCCGUUUGCCUGGCCCUGCGAUUGACAAGCCGAAUGUGUAUGGCUUUGGCACCCCUUACGACGUCAUCUACAAGGACCUCGAGUCCAAGGACCCAAAGCUCUACACUGCCAACGGCCUGUUGCCAAUGCUUGACCGCAACCGCAAGGUGAAGCUGGCCCCGCAGAAGUGGCAAGAGAUGAAGUCGAUUCUCGCCGACGUCGUCAUUACUUGCGAGGAGCGCUGCUACGACGCAGUGUGCGAGGAUCUCCUUCUGCGAGGUGGCGAGUACAACCGUUCAAUCCAUGUCAUCAAUGUGGAAAUUAAGGACAACCCCGAGGAAGCUCACAUUGCUGGCAAGUCGAUUCUCGAGUUGGCGCAAAACAUUGAGAAAUCACGCAACCUGGAUGCUGAAAUCGACGGCAUUCUUGUUCGCCACGCCGACAAGCACCCUCAUGCGCUCCUGCACACAGUACAGUUCUUUUAA